AGGCUCCCUCCUCGGGGAUGGCAAAGAAUGGAUACUUCUAUCAGGAGAUGGAACAGAGGGAGAGAGAAGAACACGAGGAGGGGAGCGAGGAGAGAGAGGAGGGCCAGGACUCUCCCAUCCCAUCAGGAGAUGACAUUCAUCUCUACGGCAGCCAGACACACCAAGGAGGGCCAGAAACUGAUGUCCAUGGCUGUGUGCUGCUUAACACGUCUCGAAGGUACGUCAAGCUGAUGAACUUCGAAGAAGAAGUGCGUGCUCACAGAGAUCUGGAUGGCUUUCUGGAGCGGGCCAGUAUCCUCUUGCAUGAAGACGAGGCGUCUCUGGACGACGUGCUAAAGACAAUGCUCCGCCACGUCUCGCAGGACCCUCACACCGCUGAGCCCGGCUGCAACUUUGAGGAGAUCAUGAGCUCCCUCUUCACAGACGCUGGUUCACAGGAAGUCAAUGUACAUCUAUUGUCAGAGACGCUGCAGUGUGUGACGGCCACAGCCACGGGGAUCCAGUACCAGCAGUCCUGGCUUUGCAUCCUCUGUAAUGUGAAGAACCUGCAGAGGCGGCACGUGUGUAUCUCACGUCUGGAUCGGCCGCAGAACUGGGGGGAAAACUGCGCUGAGGUCCGUUACGUCAUCCUCAUCCUGGCACCUUCAAAGAUGAAAAGCACUAAGACAGCGAUGGAGCUGGGCAGGACGUUUGCCAGCAUGUUCUCCGACAUCUCCUUCAGACAGAAGCUGCUAGAGAGUAAAACUCAAGAGGAGUUCAAAGAGGCGCUGGUCAUCCAGAGGUACCACCUGACUGCUGCCAAGCGUAAAACCACGGCUGUGGAGGGCGAAGAGACAGACCCACACAGUCAAAAACCACUGAAGGUGUGGGAUUUUUUCAGGGUGGGAAGAGGAAUCUAUGAGGAUCUGUGUCGCCGGCUGCCUCUCUACCCGUCUGACUUCACUGAUGGAUUAGUGGGUAAUAACAAAGCCCUGGUCAAGUUCAUGACGACGUCCAUCUUCCUCUACAUCGCUGUGCUGCUUCCCGCCAUUGCUUUUGGCUCACUGAAUGAUGAGAGCACUCGGGGAGAGAUCGAUGUUCAGAAGACGAUCAUCGGGCAGAGCAUAGGAGGAAUUAUCUACUCGCUGUGCGCUGGCUCUCCUCUGGUCAUUCCUCUCACCACAGCGCCCAUCGCCAUUUUCAUCAGUGUGAUCAGAGGGAUCUGCGAUGAUUAUGAGCUGGACUUUGCAGCGUUUUAUGCCUGCAUCGGCCUGUGGAACAGCCUCUUCCUCAUCAUGGGAGGAGUCUUCAACCUCAGCCUGCUUGUUAAGCUUUUCAAGAGGUCGAUAGAGGAGGUGAUAGCUCUGUUCAUUUCCAUUGCUUUUGUAGCAGACGCAGUUAAGGGCACUGUCAAGAUCUUUCACGAUAAUUAUCACGCCCCCACUCUGGCCAACGGGAGCGCGGCGGAGCUGAACCGCAUCAGCGGCAGUGUCCAUUUAGGAGAGCUGAACCAGACCGAGGCCGGACCCGUAUCUCUCCCAGAAUCCUUCAUUCUGUGCACACGGGCACGACCGCUCCUCUGCCUGCUGCUCAUGAUGGGCACACUGUGGGUGGGAUACACUCUCUACCAGUUCAGGAGAAGUCCAUUUCUGCAUGUGAAGAUGAGAGAGAUUCUGUCUGACUGUGCUCUGCCCAUCUCCGUGCUCGUCUUCUCCUAUGUGGGAUCUUACGUCUUCAACGACAUUGCCUUGCCGGUGUUUAACUUCCAUGAAGGUCCGGUGUUUCAAGUAGCCCCUUUGGAUAAGCUGACAGGAGCGAGUGUCCUCAGUGCGAUGGGUCUAGGCUUCCUCCUCUUUCUCCUCAUCUUCAUUGACCAGAACAUCGUAGUUUCACUCACAAAUGCACCCGAAAACAGGUUACUGAAGGGCACGGCGUAUCACUGGGACCUGACUCUGUCUGGCUUGAUUAAUAUUUUGAUGUCUGUGCUGGGCUUGCCGUGGAUGCACGCUGCCUUCCCACACUCCACUCUGCACGUGCGACAGCUGGCCAUCGUGGAGGAGCGGGUGGAGGGAGGACACCUUUACGAGACUAUAGUGAGUGUGAAGGAGACGCGGGUGACCUCUCUCGUGGCAAACAUCCUGAUCGGUGUGAGUGUGUUUCUGCUGCCGGUGCCCCUGCAGUGGAUCCCCAAACCUGUGCUCUAUGGGCUCUUUCUCUACAUCGCUCUCACCUCCAUUGAAGGCAAUCAGAUGUGCGACCGCAUGGCUCUGCUCCUCAAAGAACAAACGUCGUAUCCUCCCACUCACUACAUCCGCAAGGUGCCGCAGAGGAAGAUCCAUUACUUCACUUUCCUUCAGAUGGUGCAGCUGCUGUUCCUCUGUGCGUUUGGGAUGUACCCGCUCCCGUAUAUGAAGAUGAUCUUUCCUCUGCUAAUGUUUAUCCUCAUACCCAUCAGGAACUGUCUACUGCCCAGGAUCAUUGAGGCUAAGUACCUGGACAUUAUGGAUGCACAGCGCAUGUAA